GUCCCCUUGUCCCCAAGGCUGGCACCAUGCCCACAGAGCCCCCUCAGUGCUCCCGGCAGCCCCAGGUGUGGCCAUGCCGGAGCUGACGGAGGCUCCGGCAGAGUCGGGAAGGAGGCAGGAGAGAGGAUCCAACCCUGACCCCUCUCUCCUGUCGCAGGGGGACAUCGGGGGUCCCCUGGUCUGCAAGGACAACGUUGAGGAGAACUUCUGGCUGGUGGGGCUGGCCAGCUGGGGCAGGGGCUGCGCCCGGGCCAGGAGGCCGGGCAUCUUCACCUCCACCCAGCACUUCCACUCCUGGAUCCUCGCCCACGCCGGGCCCAGCCCCACAGGGCCAGCGCCACCACCAACGGCCACGCUGAACUCGCCAGAGCCACCAGGACUGCAGACACCAGAGCCACCCACACCAGAGCCACAGACACCAGAACCACAGACACCAGAACCGGAGCCAGAACCGGAGCCAGAACCGGAGCCAGAACCGGAGUUCAGCCCGCCGGUGCUGGACAUUUCCUUCCCAAAAGACACCCUGGCACGAUUCCUCAGGAAGCUGCAGGAGAUGCUGGAGCUCCUGAAGGACAGGACGGGGUGAGAGGAGGGGCGGCAGGUCCAGUUCUGGCUGCAGAGGAGCUCCAGCAGCCCCAGCCGGGGCCGUGGCUGCGGGGCCAGCCCAGCCCCGGUGCCAGGGCUGCUGUGCCCUGCUGUGCCCACGCUCCUGCCCUGAGCCUGCCUCACGGCUGCUCGAGUUGGUUUAAUCCUUGGAUUAAAGUUGAGUUGCCCCUGGUGGGGGUUUAGGGAUGGAAUU